AGCUUCUUCCAAUGAUAGAGGAGCAGUAGGCGGUUCCACAUUCCACCCAUCAGUCUGUGUUAGUGUGGCUUUCAGUGUUUACUUCCGUCAAUAUUUCCUCGGAAAAGAGAAUUUAUCGAUUAACGACGCAAAGGUUCUCCUUCCACCAUCCCAAGCCCUCCCUCCAGAAGAUGCCUUUCCUAGGUCAGGACUGGAGGUCGCCCGGGUGGAGCUGGAGGAAGGCGGAGGGCGGCUGGCAGAGGACUGUGGUGUUUGGAGACCACCCCAACGAGAUCGACGUACUCUGUGAUGUGAGCGGGGAGAACCUGUUUGUGGGAGCAGUGAGUGAGCCAGCCAAUCAGAAGACGCUGAAGGACAUCUGCAACCACAACACCAAAUCCCAAUGUGACUUCAGCGACAAGUGGAUCUACGUGCAGAAGGAGAGCACCAAAGAGCGCCACGGCUACUGCACACUGGGAGAGGCCUUCAAUCGCCUGGACUUCUCCAGCGCCAUCCAAGACCUGAGGAGAUUCAACUAUGUAGCCAAACUUUUCCAGCUCAUCGCAAAGUCCCAGCUGACCUCUCUGAGUGGUGGUGCCCAGAAAAACUACUUCAACAUACUGGAUAAGAUCGUAUGCAAGGUCCUGGAGGAGCACUACAACCCCCGGCUGAUCAAGGAGCUGCUGCAGGACCUGAGCUGCACCAUGCACGCCCUCACCAAGGGGGUGGGCAAGUGCGUGCUGGUUGGCAGCAUCAACGUCUGGCUCCUCAGGCUGGACACCAUCCACCACUGGCAGCUGCAGCUCCACAACCUAGACAUCCCCAAGAAAAUGUCCAAUGGCACCAAGUUCUGCGACCUGCCACUGGACACACACAACACCAUCCUCUACAAGUUCUCCGACGCCUCCGACAUCAUCAACCUGGGACAGGCCAUUCCAACUCUGCACAUGCUCAGUGAGAACCGGAAUCUGUGGAGGAAGCUUUGCCUCUUUCACUUCUCAGAGAGACAGUUCUCCAUGAAUAUGGUGCUGACUGAGAGUGGCAGUGUGGACUGGAAGGGCCUCUACUUCAGCCUGCAGAGGCACAACCCCCAGAGGGAGCACUACGGAGACACACUGCACUUCUGCCGGCACUGUAGCAUCCUCUUCUGGAAGGAUCGCCACCUGGGGUUGUUCUUCAAGGACUGCGGCCACCCGUGCACCGCCGCGGACCCGGAGCGCGCCCUGGUGCCCGUCUCCCCGCAGCAUUUCAUCGACCUCUUCAAGUUCUAAGGCCCUGCGCUCCGCUCUGAGGGCCCCGUCUACCUUCUGGGGGCCCCCGGAGGUGUGUAUGUGUGAUGUCUCAAUACAAGUGCUUCAGCUGGAACGAGGACACUGUUUGAGGUCAUCUUUCUGUCCACUCAAUGCUUUUGUUGAGUGGAAAAAUGUUUAAUAGUUUAUAUAUUUUUACACAAUAAUUUAUGAAUUAAUUUUUCAUUAAUUCAUUAAUCCAAUUUUUCUGAAGGAAAUAAUUGCAUGCCCUAUGCAGUUAUAAGUCUCUGUUUACCUCCAUUUCUUGUGUGCAUUCCUGUUACAAACAUUCACAUCAUACACUAAAAAUUCAAAUUGAUCUGUAUGUUUAUGCUUGCAAAACAAUUUUUAAUGAUGCAAGCUUUUUGCAGAGAUCUCGAGGUAAAAUUGUAUUUAUGGAAAUUAAUUCAUUCUCUUUUCUCGACUCUUGUAAUAUCUUUUUAUCAUCCACUACACGUGUUGGUACUUACCAGUUCACAUUGUUAAUGGGUGGUAGCUCUAUUAUAUAAUAAUACAUAUUUAUACAUGUGUGUUGUUUGUUGUUCUGGGGCUGGUCCUGUUGCUGCUGUAAUCAAGGAGACGAUUGAAUUGAGAAAAUGUAAAGAAGAGAGAAUACAUCUGGGUAUCAAUGGUUUCCAGUUAGAUUCAGACUUCUCAGCCCUGUGUGUUGCCCCUUUUCUGUUUUAAGGGAACAAUGAAUUGAAUGAACAUUGUAAAGUUUUAUCUCAGCUGAUACACUGGGUGGAGUAGUUCACCCCUCAGUGGCCUUUUCUUACUUUAAACUUCCUGAAAUGUGGCUACUGUAACCUUUAUUAAACUGUUGUUUUUC